AUGCAAAUUNAUUACAAAGUACUUGGUUUUGAUUGCGAGUGGGUGACUGUGGGGGGAAAACGACGCCCAGUAGCACUGUUGCAGCUAUCCUCGCAAAAAGGCCUCUGUGCGCUAUUUCGCCUAUGUAAUUUGCAACAAAUUCCCAAAGAUCUCCGUGAUCUUCUCGAGGAUGAUAAGGUGAUAAAAGUUGGUGUUGGUACUCAGGACGACGCUCACAAAUUAGCAUAUGAUUAUGGCGUUGGUGUGGCUAGCACGUUGGACUUACGCUAUCUGGCUGCACUGGUUAAUCAAAAACCAGAAGGUUUGGCAAAAAUGGCAAAGUCUUUGUUGGAUGUGCACUUGGAUAAACACUGGCGUCUUUCCUGUUCAGAUUGGGAGGCUAAAGUACUUAACGAAAAACAAUUGCAGUACGCAGCAAAUGAUGCGUUGGUAGCAGUGAAAAUAUUUGAAAAGCUUGCGAUGCAAUUGGAUCCAAAGCCGUUCUGGAAUCUCAACAAGAUAAACUUCUCGGACGUUCAAGAGCGAUUACAGCCCUUUUAUGACAUUCGCUUUAAGGAAGGCCUUCUGAAUAAUUUAACGCUCACUGACAGGAGAAAUGUUACCAUGUCCGCUGGAAAAAAAGCUAAA